UACCAUGUUCAGACCGACACUUAAUCACACGAUUUCGGCUGUUGAAUGGAUUAUCCCACUAAUCUUAAAAAUUUAUCAAGAUUUCGCCAUACAAAAAUGACAGUUCCAAAUCACUUCAUUGAAAUGAUUUGAAACUGAUCCACGCUAAAUCUCUCUGUGCGACUCUGAUUUUGCGCAAUCUACUUGUCAGCACUGGAAAUUUUUACAUUAUCACAGCUGAUGCUGAAUGCUGAAUGUAAACAAACAAGACAAAGAAGACAAAAAAAUAAAACUAAAAAUUUCCGUUGAUCAAUCAAAUCAAAUUACAAAGUAAAAAAAAAAAUAUGGAAAAAACUCAAAAAAAGAAACGAGUUAUGUGGAGUGAGGCUGCCGAGGCCGACUUAAUCGAGGUGUGGCAACAAAAAAUGCCAGAGCUGCGAUCAACGCGGAAAAAUAACCACAUAUACGAGGAAAUGUCCUGUACGAUGCUUUUGGCUGGACACGAAUAUACGUCCAUUGAAAUUAAAAUUAAAUUGCACAAUUUUACCAACAAAUACAGACAAGAAAAGCAGAAAAUUGGCCCAUCGGGUGGCUCCCCUAGUCGGUGGAAAUAUUAUGAGGCGGUCCACCAAGCAGUAGGUGGUUUCAAAAGUUUUUGUUCCGACGAACUUGUAGAGGAUAGCAUUGUGGUUGACAUGGAACCAAUUUAUAUUGAGGACGAUACAGAAGGAGAGCCGCCGCUCCCAAGCCCAAGCGAUGGACCUUCUACGUCGCGUGGUUGCGCUCGGCCAUCGUCAAGCGAUGCUGCAAGAAAGAAAAAAUCAACAAUAACAAUAAUGGAGGAAAUGAAGGAUGACUUAAUAAAGGCGACUGAGGCGAUGAAGGAAUCCGAUGAAAAGGAAGCGAUGAAAAGCAGACGUCUUCUGGCAACUGCCGAGAUUCGUUUUCGAUUUGUUGUGCUGCAAUCCACUUUUCGUUAA